AUGUUCGAUCAAGAGCAACAACACAUUAUCCACGAUGAUUACCACUUUCCCCCAGGAACAAUUCAUCUUAUCGAUAUGCACUCGGACUUGAAUGUGCAAAAAGGCGACGGCAACAUUAUCUUACACCCACAACCAUCAUCCAACGUUAAUGACCCGCUCAGAUGGUCCAAAACGAAACGCAACUUGCAAUUUGCAUUGAUUUGGUUCUGGUCGUUCAUGUUGGCCCUCAAUAUCAAUUUCAUGACGCCCUUUUUUGCCGAGUGGGUUGUUGAAUGGAAAACAACAUAUAAUGAGCUAGGAGUUGCAGUUGCUCUAAGUUAUUUAGGAUUAGGCGUUGGUGUAUUGUUUGUCCAACCAACCGCAUUAAAAUUAGGGAAGGUGUUUGUUUAUAAAUUGGGCACCGUACUUGCGAUAGUCACAUGCAUUAUAGGGUCACAAUCUUCGAAUGUAGGCUAUUUCCACGCAUUCAGUAUAUUGUCAGGUUUGGCUGCAUCCCCCGUUGAUACAGUGGUUGAAAUGUCUGCAAAUGAUUUGUUUUUCAAACAUGAAAGGUCCACAGCGUUUAGCUCAUUGGUUUUGGCAUUGUAUGGCGGUACUGAUUUAGGCCCUGUUGCGGCUGGAUACAUUGGUGAUAGUAUGGAUUGGAGUUGGUGCUACUAUAUCUUGAUUAUCAUUUUUGUGCCCUUGCUAUUGUUGCAAAUAUUCUGGAUGGAGGAGACUACCUUCAGACGAUCCGAAAACGAGGAGGAGGAAUUGGAAGACGAAAUUAUUGGUCAAGUUAAGUCGCAUGAAACAACAAGAUCUGGCAACUUGCACCCCAAAAAGCUCCACGACAAGAUUGAAGCUGUAAUUGAGUCCCAUUCUGUUGACGAAGAUCAAGUUAAACUCAUCUAUUGGCAAAAACACAAGUUAUAUCACACAAAACAAAAUGAUACUCGCUCUUGGCUAACCAUUUUCAUAAGGCCCGUUUACUUGGUUACCUUCCCAGCUAUUCUUUGGAGUGGGUUAGUCUACGGGUUUCAAAUGUUUUGGUUAUCGCUUGCUGUGAAUACCCAAUCAGAGAUAUUCUCUGCUCCACCUUAUAAUUUCAGUAUCGACAGUGUGGGGUUGAUGACGUUGGGACUUUUCGUCGGUAAUGUUAUUGGAAUGUUUUAUGGCGGACCAUUUGUCGACUGGUUUGCUAUCAAAAUGGCCAAACGUAACAAUGGUAUAUUGGAACCAGAACAUAGGCUACAUACUAUGCUAUUACCAACGAUCUUGAACGCAGGUGGAAUUUUGGCGUACGGUUUAGGGGCUUACUAUGGCAGUCAUUGGGCUAUACUAGUUGUUGUUGGUCUAGGUUUGAUGGGAUUUGCAAUGAGUUCAUCAGGUGGAAUUUGUUUGGUGUAUGCUGUUGAAUGUUAUGACAAGUUGGCGAGUGAAAGUUUGGUGUUGAUUUUGUUUAUUAGAAACAUGAUUGGAAUGGGAUUCUCGUUUGCGAUAUCACCCUGGAUUGCGGCACAAGGUAUGUUGAAAACUACAUUCACCAUGUUUGCACUUUCGGUGGUUGUUAAUGGGUCGUACAUUUUCAUGGUAUGGAAGGGAAAGGAUAUUAGACGCUGGUCACAAGCUCGGUAUGGAAAGAUUACUGUCCCCUCAUACGGAGACAUCUUUAGGAGAAAGAAUUAG